AUGGAAUCGGACGAGUUCAAGAAGUUCACUCUCGUGAAAUCCGUUCUUGCUGCAUCAUACAGCACUGUCAAUAAUCAAUCACCGUUCAGCGAUUUCCUAAGAGACUUGACUCCUCUGCAGGUUGCUGCGAUGAUCGAUGGAGUCGAUAUGUGUCGAAAUCUCGUUGAAAAAGGCGCCGAUGUCUAUGUUAAAUGUGGAGAACUCGGCGCCACUCUUUUGCACUGCGCGGCCCUGAACGAGAAGCACGGACUGGAACUGAUUGAUUACUUUUCAUCUCUUGGAUUGAAGCUGAACGCAAAGGACAAGUUUGGAAAUGAACCACUUGAAUACGCAAUCAGGGUGAAUAAUUCGAGGAUCGUACAGAACUUACUUCCACAAAAAUACCCAAAAGAAGAGAAUAGCAAGGACAAAUCUGAGUCACAAUACCAUUCAGAUUUGGCAAAAUUGAUGCUGGAACAGGAAAAAGGGCUUGUUACUGAUUUUGGUGAGACUGGAAGGUCAGCGAUCCACCUGGCAGCUAUGCUCGGCGAUCUUGACAUGUGCAAGUUGCUUUUGAAAGAAGGCGCCGACGUUCGAUGUUUAACAAAGAAUGAAUUUGAGGACAGCGUGCUUCAUUGUGCCGCAUUCAACAAAUCGCACGGCUCAGAACUUGUGCAGUAUUUCGUUUCCGAGCAUAGCUUUGACGUGAACGCAAAAGACAAACUUGGGUUCACACCUCUUCAUUGUGCCUUGUACAAGGAAAACAUAGAGAUUGCCGAAGAAUUGUUGAAAUUCGGUGGAGACCUAACAGUAAAACGGGUCACCAAUGACUAUACCAAUUUGGAAAAUUUAAUGCACUACUGCUUAAGGUUGAACAAAAUGAAAAGUGCUAAAUUUUUGCAACAAAAGAAUCGAUAUCUGGUAAACGACAUCCGCGGGGAUGGAUAUACCUCUCUUCACAUCGCAGCAAUGUUUGCAGACUUGGUCAUGUGCAAAUGGUUGGUGGACGAAUGCGGCCUUGACCCUCGUGCUUUGGCUGGAACUAAAAAAAUUUCAGUUUUGGAUGAUGCUGCGUGCAACAAAUCUCACGGAAAGGAAAUUAUUACAUUUUUCGUUAACAAUUAUGCACUCGAUGUGAACGGAAAUGACAAAUUGAGAAACAGGCCACUGCACCACGCCUUCUACAAUAACAACAUUGUUGCUGCUAAUGAAUUGAAAACGUUCAUCGACUUCCAAAGAGACUCAUUGACUCCUCUGCAGGUCGCCUCGAUGAUCGAUGGAGUCGAUAUGUGUCGAAAUCUCAUUGAAGAAGGCGCCGAUGUCAAUGUUAAAUGUGAAGAACUCGACGCCACGCUGAUGCACUGCGCUGCCCUGAACGAGAAGCACGGAUUGGAUCUGAUUGAUUACUUUUCAUCUCUUGGUUUGAAGCUGGACGCAAACGACAAGUUUGGAAAUGAGCCACUUCAAUACGCAAUCAAAAUGAAUAAUUCAAAAGUCGCCGAGAAACUGCUCCAGCCGAAAUGCCCCGAAGAAGAGAACAACAAGGACAAAUCUGAGUCAAGAUAUACCACUCAAUUUUAG